CCCGUGGCAGAGAGCGUGCGUGCGCUGCCCCAAGCCGGUGCUUUGCCUGCCUGUCUCGCAGCGCACACUCCCAGACUGUGUGGGAGCCGCAGCGGCGGAGGUCACCGCGGGGAGGCGGGGCGGGGGCAGCAUGGCAGCCUCCGUGUGGCUCCGUGGAGCCGCCUCCGGCCUCCGGUACUGGAGCCGCCGGCAAUGGCCGGCAGCGGCUAACCUUGCAUCGGUGUGUUCCAGGUCGGUGGCCUCUAAGACUCCUGUUGGGUUCAUUGGACUAGGCAACAUGGGGAACCCGAUGGCGAAAAAUCUCAUGAAGCAUGGCUAUCCGCUUGUUAUUUAUGAUGUGUUCCCUGAUGCAUGCAAAGAGUUUCACGAUGCAGGUGAACAGGUAGUGUCUUCCCCAGCAGAUGUAGCUGAAAAAGCUGACAGAAUUAUUACAAUGUUGCCCACCAGUACUAAUGCAAUAGAAGCUUAUUCUGGAGCAAAUGGAAUUCUAAAAAAAGUGAAGAAAGGCUCACUGUUGAUAGAUUCCAGUACUAUUGAUCCCGCGGUCUCAAAGGAAUUGGCCAAAGAGGUCGAGAAGAUGGGAGCAGUUUUCAUGGACGCCCCUGUUUCUGGUGGUGUGGGAGCUGCUCGGUCUGGGAACCUCACGUUCAUGGUGGGAGGAGUCGAAGAGGAAUUCGCGGCGGCCCAGGAGCUGCUGGGCUGCAUGGGCGCCAACGUGGUGUACUGCGGCGCUGUGGGGACCGGGCAGGCUGCAAAGAUCUGCAACAACAUGCUGUUAGCUAUCACUAUGAUUGGAACUGCCGAAGCCAUGAAUCUUGGAAUCAGGCUAGGGCUUGACCCAAAACUGCUGGCUAAAAUCCUAAAUAUGAGCUCAGGACGGUGUUGGUCAAGUGACACUUACAAUCCUGUCCCCGGGGUGAUGGAUGGCGUCCCCUCGGCUAACAACUAUCAGGGCGGCUUCGGAACAACACUCAUGGCCAAGGAUCUGGGGUUGGCCCAAGACUCGGCCACCAGCACGAAGAGCCCGAUCCUGCUGGGCAGCCAAGCCCACCAGAUCUACAGGAUGAUGUGCGCAAAGGGCUACUCGAAGAAGGACUUCUCGUCCGUGUUCCAGUAUCUGCGAGAGGAGGAGACCUUCUGAGCCGGCCCCGGGGCCGCCGACACCGCGGAAAGGAGACCCGGCUCUGCCCCGGACCUUCCCGGCAGCUCGCCGCACACACAGGGCGAUGAGUUGAAUCGAAGGUCACCUGCCUGCGUUUGGGUCACAGUGAAAUGGGUUUUCCACCCGUUUUCUACUGCUUAGUCUUUUUAUCUAUGUAGCAAACAUGCGGUAUCUGAUUUUUUUCCUUCUGUUAGCCCCCAAGGGUCUCUGUUAAAUGGCUGAUUGACCUUUUUCAAAAGUUUGAUCCUUGCGCGUCUUCACCUCGAUCGUUGACUACUUCAAUCAGGAUGGUGUUCACUCCAGUUUACACAUAAAACCAAAAGUUUUUCGACAGCACGCAACCGAUCUUAAAGGGGGAAAAAAAAAAGAAAUUGGUGUGAGGAAAGGAGUCAGAGAAUGGGGACAUAUGGUGAAUAGCUACCGGGGUCAGGACGUGCGCCCUGUUGUGACCGAGUGGCGGUGUCCUCGCGCCGCUGAGGCCGCUGAGCUGGUUCCCGGGGGAGCGCUAGAGCCGGAGAACUCCUUGCCGUGUGCUUUGUAAUUCGGACUCCACUGCAGUAUCUUAGUCUGUCCCGCUUGUAACAAUUCCCGGUACUCAGCAAAACUUGUUUUUUAUAUUUUUCCUCCCUUGUACAUUCUUCUUACCUAUUUUUGACUUCAAGAGAAGGACAUCUUUAGACCUGUUUCAGAGCCACUAUAAAUGAUAAUUGCUUUAGAUAAUUAUUAUAGGAUUCUAAAUAGAACUAUAUUAUUUUGAAUUCAAAUAAAUUUCUAUGCUGCUAACAA